AUGUUGGGUCACGAUCCGAGUAGAGUUCGGACUCGGAGGCAGGUUCCAGAGUUGGGUCUCAUAGCUGGGUCAAAUGCAGGAUCGAGAUCUGGGUCGGGUUCGGGCUCGGAGGCAAGUUCCAGAGCAGGGUCACAUGCUGGGUCAAGGACCGGGCCAAGAUCAGGUAAAAGCAACGGACAUGGGGAAGUUCAAGGGAGUGGUCGUGGUUCUAGAAGUGGUGGUGGUGGUCAAGGUAAUGGUAGAGGGGGCGGCUCCGGUGACGCCUCCGGCGACGGUGGUAGCUAUGGUGAGGGUUAUGGCGGAGGAGGCGAUGAUUUUAUUUUGAAAGAAAGGCCAAGACAUGCAAGACAUAUAUAUGAUGAAUAA